AGUCAGAGAAACUAGUGAUAUACUCAUGUGAUUAUUAAGGCCCUUGCGCUUCUUGUUUUAAUCAAAGACCAUAUCUUCUCUUAAAGUAGAAAUAUGUUCUGACUACGGGAAGAAAUUAGGUUAUCAAUGCUCAGUCUGUGACCAAGACACCAAGACUGCGCAGAUAAGUAUGUUAUAGCAAUGAAGAACCUUGUGAAGAUGAGUAGAAAUAGACUCCUCGUUAUUUUGGUGGUUGUUACUUUGUGUGGAUUCACAAGUUGCGAACUUUCACUAGAAAAUGUUUAUCAAGAAGUGUUAGAAUUACGUGGUGCAGUGCGUAGUCUGGAGACGAAAUUAAGAACUCAGGACCACCGAAUAACUGAUCUGAUUAAAACCGUUAGGAGCCAGAGAGUUCUUCUUCGUCAGGUGAUUCCAGGGAAGACGGACGGGAACAAUAGUUACAAUACCGAAAAGGGGUCUCUGUCUUCAAACCGCUUCACCUCUAAGAUCCAAAUCAACAGAGCAAAUAGUUCUUUCUCAAAUAAUGGUUCAAAGAAUGUACCAGGAAAGACUUAUAUCGACCAUAACCGGGUCGAAAGCAAGAAAAUUUUCAUGAAUAAACGAGAUGAGAAAUAUGGUCGACAAGAGAGAUUGCUGACUGGGAUGUCCACAACUCCGCCACUUGAUGUUACUGCCAAUGUCGUUGCCUGCUACGCAUAUUUAUCAACAGCUCACAUCAACAUAGGACCUGACCAUACAAUCAAAUUUGACGUCGUGAAAACCAAUCAACGUCAAGGUUAUCACCCUGGCUCUGGUGUUUUCAUUGCACCAGAGUCUGGUUUUUAUGUUUUCACGUGGACAGUAAGGGUUGGUGCAUAUGGCUCAACUCCUGAGUAUCAUUCAACAGAAAUUGUCAUUAAUAAUAAUGUUUACGGCAGUGCAUACGCAGUAGCAAUACCAACCAGUAGCAGGGACGACAUUGGAACCGGAACUGCAGUUGCGCAUGUCAAUCAGGGUGAUGACGUUUAUAUCAGAACGCAUUCUUCAUACCAAGGUACUGGUGGCAUCCUAAGUGAUGAAUUUGGGAGAUCUUCAUUUGCUGGAUGGAAAAUAAAUUAAAUUUAAAUAAAGACAUACCAGUCUAUAAUUAUAUACAUUGUUUUCUCUAGAGCUAUACAAUGUGUACUGUAAACCAGCCUAUUUCGCUUUGGAGAAAUAUCUGCCUGGAUUGUCACUUUUUGUGAAUAUUUCUUCGUAC